UAGAACCGUGAUCUUUUCUUCUUCUUCUUCGAACCAUCCAGCCCAGCCUCCUAUUCCCUCCGUCUUCCUUAUCCUCUCCUCCAACCUUUCCAAACUCUUCUCACCCCCCCCACCGUUUCCCUUUCCAUUUCCCUUACUCUCGCUCCUCCUCGUUUACGCAUCACGCUCGGAUUGGAAAACAGUGUGUGCUGCCCCCUCCUCACCAGACAAAAGAAAGAUGAACCAUACCAUACCCGUUCGACGACUGUUUUUUAUUUUUUAUUUUUUUGCUCUCCUCUCACUCCUUCCCCACCAGCAACCAGCAACCAGCAGCAGCCUCUCUCUGGGUCUUGCCAAGUUCGUUCAUUGCUCUGUUUUUUUGUUAUUCUUGCUUUUCAUUGCUCGUCGUUUGCGAUCGCUUCCUUUCUUCCUUACGUUGUUUUUCCUUCUCUUUUUCUUUCCUCCAUCGUGCUCGUUCCGUCGAUAUAAGUCUCUCACCUCCUUCUGUUCGUUUUCUUUCCUCUCCUCUUUCCUUUGUUCUUUCCUUCUUGCUCUCAACACCCUUCUUCUUUUAUCUUGCCAUUUUAUAGAGAAUGCUAUCAAUAGACCCACAACCCAUUUUGGCAUCACGCAUGUUCUCGAUCAACCUUUACUUACCCCCCCCCCUACUCUAUUUUAUUUGUAGUGCUCAUCAAAGCGAAAUUAUUGGAAAAAAAAUAUAUAUCAUCAUGCCC